AUGUAUCUAUCUAUUUAUCUAUUUCAGUAUGUCUAUAUCUAUCUAUCUAUCUAUCUAUCUAUCUAUCUAUCUAUCUAUCUCAGUUUUAUUCUUUCUGUGCGACCCGAUAGCAAAUGGUCCACGGCCCGAUACCAAAUGGUCUGCGGCCCGAUACCAAAUUGUCCGCGACCCGAUACCAAAUGGUCCGCGGGCAGAUACCAAAUAGUCUGCGGUCAGAUACCAAAUGGUUCGCGGCACGAUACCAAAUGGUUCACGGCACGGUACCAAAUGAUGCGCGGCACGGUACCAAAUGUUCCGCGGCACGGUACCAAAUGGUCCGCGGCUAGAUACCAAAUAGUCUGCAGCCCGAUACCAAAUAGUCUGCGGCCCGGUACCAAAUGUUCUGUGUUCCGGUACAAACGAUCCCCAAUCCGGAAUGAUUCACUGCCCGAUACCGGUCCUCGACCCAAUCUCCAUAGCAAAUGGUCCGCGGCACGGUAUCAAAUGGUCCGCGGACAGAUACCAAAUAGUCUGCAGCUCGAUACCAAGUGGUCCGCGGCACAGUCCAAAUGGUCCGCUGACCUAUACCAAAUGGUCUGUGUCCCUUUACAAACGAUCCCCGGCCCGGCACCAAAUGGUUCACUGCGCGGUACCGGUGCUCGGCCCAGUGGUUGGGCACCGCUAACUUAA